GACGUGACACAGUGAUGACGCAGUAGAUCGUCGCGUAAAUGAGUGGAAACGGCACCUGAAUACAGUGGGAAAGGAAGUGUCGCUCCUUUAUUGAUAACAUCUUUUUACCAAAUACGUAUGUGAGUAGUUUGGACGGCGACCUUCAUCAUUCUGAGCGGAUUCAAAAUCAACUCUUCUCCUGGAAGCAACGGUGGCAGGAUUUUCCUCAGCUGGUUUGCUAGCAAGACCGCCUGACUGGACUCUCGCUAUAAAAAAAAACAGAACUACCCAAUCAGCCGCUUAUUAUUUUGCAUUUCUAAACGAGUUAUAACGGCAAGCGAAGUUUUAAACGCCUUAUUUCUUGACUUAAUUUAGCCGUAACCGUUUGACUGCUUUAAUUUAACCGUAAAGCCACACUAUUGUAGUCUGGCAGCUAACUGCACGCGCUCUAAAUAAUCUAACCGAUAAAUGUCUCCAUGACAACGUGUGUGUUGUAGCUUUGAGCAUCAAUGUUACACAUCUGAGUAUGUAACAUGUUUACUCCGUGCUAAAGAGGAUGUUUAUACAUCACAACCUGCUGACAGAUAGUAGGUAGCUCACAGCUGGAUGGCGACGCAUCGAGGUCCAGUAUGAAACACGAUACAUCUGCGCUUCACUAACCGUGACUGGAGGCUCAUAAGAGAGCCUUCAUUAUGUGCGAUAGCUGUGUCAUCGUCCUGUCGAUCACCUCCACUACCCGAGACUGAGAUUUAGUGGCUCUUUUAAACACUCGUGAUCUAGUUAGUGUUGCGCAAUGGCGGGUGUUGGGGUCAGUGUGCUUUCGCCGGGUCAGCUGCCGUCUGCAUCCUCCAACUCCUCACCCACUGAUCCUAAUGCCCGGGGUUGCUCCAGCGGGGACUUCAUGGACACCUUCGGCAUCUUCCUGCAGGGCCUGCUGGGAGUGGUGGCCUUUAGUACCCUUAUGUUGAAACGCUUCAGGGAGCCCAAGCACGAACGGAGACCCUGGAGAAUUUGGUUUCUGGACACCUCCAAACAGGCCAUAGGGAUGCUGUUUAUUCACUUUGCCAAUGUCUACCUGUCUGACCUCACAGAGGAGGACCCAUGUUCACUAUAUCUAAUCAACUUCCUGUUGGAUGCAACACUGGGCAUGCUGGUGAUCUAUGGCGGCGUGAAGGCGGUUAGCGCUGUGGUUGAAUGGAGACAGUGGGAUUCGCUGCGUUUUGGAGAAUAUGGUGAGCCGGUUCAGUGCAGCGCCUGGGCAGGUCAGUGCGCUCUCUACAUCCUCAUCAUAAUGUUUGAGAAGGUCAUGAUCAUGCUGGUCCUCCUCAUCCCACAAUGGAAGAAGCUGGCUACACUCAACCCCAUAACCAACCCUCAUCUGGAGUUGGCUAUUGUCAUGCUAAUCGUCCCGUUUUUCGUGAAUGCUCUGAUGUUCUGGGUGGUGGAUAACUUCCUAAUGAAGAAGGGCAGAACAAAAGCCAAGCUGGAAGCAGAAGACGACCCUCGCGGCAACAGCAAAGUGCGCUACAGACGGGCAAUGUCACAUGAUGACUCUGAAUCAGAACGCUCUUCCUCUUCUGCUGGUCAGAUCCUGUUCUCCGCAGAUGACGAAAUGGAGGAUUCAGAUGGUGACGACGAUAUACGAAGAAUCAUAGGGCUCAAGCCUGUUAAGAAAAAGAAGCACCGUCUUGGUAUUCCAGUUUGAAUUCAAAUCGAUUUGGACUUGGGGUCAUGGGAACGAGGGAGGCCUCAACUCAUUUACCAGAGCACAGAUCAGCAAGUGAGGGGCAUAAUGACUAAGUCUAUGAAUUGUGGGGUAACGGACCCAGGCUCCAGUAAACACACACGAGAGGACCCUCCUGACAUUACCAGAAAGAUUUUUGCUAUUCUAUGCCACAGAUGAUUGAGGGAUCAAUCAUCUGACCAGCCUAUUGGGAGAUGAUCGGACCAUAUUUUCACUUUUUUUUUUGCACAUUCAUAAUUCUGCUUAAACAUCAUGUGGUUCUGCAGUGGAUAUACAACCCAGCUACAUCUCCUUGCAUCUGUCUAACAUUUGAACUGAUAAAAAAAAAAAAAAAAAUCAGUCUAAACCUAUACAAAUAACAUGCUGAUGUUGUUCUGCUGAGAUAAGUACCUUUAACUGUAUGCAUGUGAUUGAUCACACUUGGGCGAACUGUUCAAGGUCACUCAUAGUCGGUUCCUAAACGUGUUUGUAAGCGUGGCUGCAGCAGAAAAUUUUGUGCACGUCAGCAGUGUUAUGAGCUGGUAUUAUAAUACAGUUGGUACGGUCUUGCAAUGUGUGUUUUUAACCAUUAGGCAGCAGCCAAAUUGACAAGGUACAAAAUUCCAGGGGUGGCUGUUUCAUAACACUAAUCUAAUGGCUUGUCUUGCUGUUUGGUUUUUGAAAGAGUAUCUGCCUCAAUUCAGUGUGUUUCUGUGUUUUUUCUGCCAUUAAUGUUUUCCCUGUAUUUGUUUUUUUUUUCUCUUUUUUUUUUGUGGCCUAUUAAAGGGACAGUUCACCCAGAAAUUAAAGUCAUUUAAUGCAAUGCAAAUUAUAUUUUGAAUAAUGUUGCAGUCCAAAAAUGUCAUUGAGUUCCAUUGUAUAAACGCACACAAAAAAGGUUUUUUUUUUUUUUUUUUUUUUCAAAAUGUCUUGUUUCACAGAAGAGUGAAAGUCAUAGAGGUUUGGAAGUAAAUGAGGGUGACUAAUCUAUUAUGAUUUUCAUUUUUGGGUGAAGUGUCCUUUUAAAUUUUCAUUUUUGCUACUUAUUGCAGGGAAGGUGCUAUGUUACAGGACGUAACCUCUUACACAGUUUGGUGUUGCAUUGUUGUCUCUUUGUGUGCGGUAUUACCUUCGUUGUUUUUUUUUUUUUUGUCUUUAAGCAUUACCCCUGCACCUCUACUUAAUAUUUAGCAGUUAAACGCUAAACCAGUGGGUCUUUCUUCCAAAUACUUUCUCAUCCACUCUCACGCUUUUCUGCUCUAUGGAGCAUUUGAUUUUAUUCCAACACUAAAGCACAGAUAUUUGGAGAAUAAUGCAUUGCAACCUGCAUUCUCUGCAGAAAUUUUAAACAGACUGUCAUCUGUCAGAUUAUUUGUAAUCUUUAAUGUGAAGAGGAAGAUGCCUGUAGGUUUAGAGUUGGAGUAAAUGAAAUUGGGAGUACAGGACCAAUUGUCUUAUUGUUUGUAUUGUCUAACUGACAUUUAAUGGACCAAGUUUGUGGGAGUAAUAUGUUUGCACACAGUUUGUGUUUUACAGGGAUGAAUUGAAAGUGGGUUUCUGGUCAAGCCUGCUGGAUGAACAUGAUUACUGAUAAGGAUUUUGUCUAGGUGGAAAUGUAACUGCCUUUCCCUCUCCAGGUUUGAAUCUGACUAUUAUUAGAGAGUGAUCUUGGUUACGGUUGCAAGAGAAUGAAAUAAAUUGGAUGUGGAGAGGGGUUUUAAGUACUAAACAAUAUUAGAUGAUUUAGAGUUACUGACAAAUCAUGAACUUAUGUAUGCUUUUUCAAUAAACAAGUGUAAAAUCA